AAGAUGAAAUCUCUUUCUUCUUUUGUUGCCAUUCUUCUGGGUUUGGUUAUGAACUCAGCUGUGUUAUGUAAUGGCGGAAAGACCAGCGUCUACGUUAGGAAAGUGGAGAAAACAGAGGAUAUGCCACUCGACAGUGAUGUUUUCCGAGUUCCCCCAGGCUAUAAUGCACCUCAACAGGUUCAUAUAACACAAGGAGAUCAUGAUGGAAAAGCUGUGAUUGUUUCAUGGGUGACCGAGGAUGAACCAGGUUCCAGUGCUGUUCUUUAUUGGAGUGAAAACACCAAGCACAAGAAAAAGGCUGAAGGCAAAUUCAAUACUUAUAAGUUCUUCAAUUACACCUCUGGUUAUAUUCAUCACUGUACCAUCAGAAAUCUAGAGUAUAACACCAGAUAUUACUAUGAGGUUGGUUUGGAUCAUACUAGGAGAAAAUUCUGGUUUACAACUCCUCCUGCAGUUGGUCCCAAUGUCCCAUAUACAUUUGGCCUCAUUGGGGAUCUGGGGCAGACCUUUGAUUCGAAUAGCACAUUGACUCAUUAUGAGCAAAAUCCACAGAAAGGUCAGACAGUAUUGUUUGUUGGAGAUCUUUCUUAUGCAGAUAACUAUCCCAAUCAUGAUAAUGUAAGAUGGGAUUCAUGGGGAAGGUUUGUUGAGAGAAAUGUUGCAUACCAACCAUGGAUAUGGACUGCAGGAAAUCACGAAAUCGACUUUGCCCCUGAAAUCGGUGAAAAUAGGCCUUUUAAGCCUUACACUCACCGGUAUCAUGUUCCUUUUCGGGCAUCGAACAGUACCGCUCCCUUUUGGUACUCGAUAAAGAGAGCUUCGGCGUACAUCAUAGUCUUGUCUUCGUAUUCGGCCUACGGUAAAUACACUCCUCAGUACAAAUGGCUUGAAGCUGAGCUGCCAAAAGUUAACAGGAGUGAAACACCAUGGUUAAUAGUUCUCAUGCAUUCUCCAUGGUAUAACAGCUACAACUAUCAUUACAUGGAAGGAGAAUCCAUGAGAGUAAUGUACGAGCUUUGGUUUGUGCAGUACAAAGUUGAUGUCGUAUUUGCCGGCCAUGUCCACGCCUAUGAACGAUCAGAACGUGUAUCCAACAUUGCAUACAAUGUUGUAAAUGGCAUAUGCACUCCUGUGAGGGAUCAAUCCGCGCCGGUAUACAUUACGAUCGGCGACGGAGGGAAUCUCGAAGGCUUGGCAACCAACAUGACGGAGCCACAGCCGGCCUAUUCGGCAUAUCGUGAAGCGAGCUUCGGUCACGCCAUUUUCGAUAUCAAGAACCGGACUCAUGCUUAUUAUAGUUGGCAUCGUAACCAUGAUGGAUAUGCAGUUGAAGCUGAUUCAAUGUGGUUCUUCAACAGAUUCUGGCAUCCAGUUGAUGAGACCUCAACCUCACAAUGAGAAUUACAUUGCAGUGUUUCCAUUUU